GGAAAUCAGAAUUCUCGCGAUAGGUGAGACUAGGCUUUCCGGAAGUGAUUCUCCGGAAGAAGCAUGGUUGCCCCCGAGAUCUGGUCGGGUUUGCACGCUGAGCUGCCGACGCUAUGCAGUCAGAUGAUGUUAUCUGGGACACACUCGGAAACAAGCAAUUUUGUUCCUUCAAAAUAAGAACCAAGACUCAGAGUUUUUGCAGAAAUGAAUACAGCCUGACUGGACUGUGUAAUCGGUCAUCUUGUCCCCUGGCAAACAGUCAGUAUGCCACUAUCAAAGAAGAGAAAGGACAGUGCUACUUGUAUAUGAAGGUUAUAGAACGAGCAGCUUUUCCUAGGCGGCUCUGGGAACGGGUCCGGCUUCAUAAAAACUAUGAGAGAGCACUGGAGCAAAUAGAUGAAAAUCUAAUUUACUGGCCCCGUUUCAUUCGACACAAGUGUAAGCAGAGAUUCACCAAGAUCACCCAGUACCUAAUUCGAAUUAGAAAACUUACAUUAAAGCGACAGAGGAAGCUUGUUCCCUUGAGUAAGAAGGUGGAGCGGAGGGAAAAAAGAAGAGAGGAAAAGGCAUUAAUAGCUGCUCAGCUGGACAAUGCCAUUGAAAAGGAAUUGCUGGAGCGACUGAAACAAGAUACGUAUGGCGACAUCUACAACUUCCCCAUUCAUGCCUUCGACAAGGCCCUGGAACAGCAGGAGGCAGAGAGUGACUCUUCAGAUGCUGAGGAAAAAGAUGAUGAAGAAGAUGUGGGAAAGAGAGAGUUUGUGGAAGAUGAUGAGGUGGAUGAGAGUGACAUAAGUGAUUUUGAGGAUAUGGAUAAGCUGGAUGCCAGUAGUGAUGAAGAUCAGGAUGAUAAAUCCUCCAGUGAGGAAGAAGAAAAGGCCCUUGAUGCCACACAUAAAGGCAAAACACCCUUGAAAGGACCUUUGCGGAGGAAACGAGCCUACGUAGAGAUAGAGUAUGAGCAGGAGACAGAGCCUGUGGCCAAGGCCAAAACCACAUGACUUCCCUUUGGACAUCUGCAACAGGACUGAACAUUUUCAGUAUCCUCCUUUCUUUUACCUUAACCAUGUAUAUACCUCCAGGUUUUGCUCUUUCAUACAGUAUUUCACACAAUAUUUGUGUCUUUAAUAUUUAUGCUGCUUCUGUGGGGCAAGGAAAUCUGGGAGUGGAGAAAGCCUUAAGUUGUGAACAGAGUAUUUUUAUAGUGUUGGCAUAUGUUUUGAAGUAACAGCUUGAGCCCAAGAAGCUUAACAGAUGAAUCUGUGGGUGUAAAUAUUUCUAAAUUUUAAAUGCUACCCACCUGUUUUCCUUGGUAUCCUUCUCCCCCACCCCCCCUCAACUUUAUUUAGAAAUGUUCAGAUUUCAGUUUUUUCUUGUUCUCCUUUCCCUACUUCUGUGGGAAUAAAAGAAGGAAAAAGAACUAA